CGAGAAACCAAAAAUCGGCGGCAUGACGAAGAGCAGGAACAAGAAGAAUAGAGACGACGCCGUUUCCAUGGACGUUUCUGAAACUAAGAGCGUCUCUGAAUCUGCUCCUCAAGCUAUGGACACUUCGGAGACCGGAGACGCGAAACUAGCUGCUCGUACACGUAGCCUGACAAGCGCGAAGAAAGGAAAACAGAUGAAGAGAACGAAGAACGCAAGGAAGAAGAAAGCUAUGGCUAAAGCUAUAGCGUUGGAUGAAAAGUAUGAAGCGAAAGCUUCAAAGGACGUUACCAAAAAACAGAGAACUCUUUCUGCCAAGAAAUUGUAUGAAUGAUUCUUUUUUUUUAUUUGGUUUCAAAAGUUUUGAAGGUUGUGGUUAAUCUAUUUUUGGUUUUGUUGAGGAUCAUGCUUAUCUUAACAAAGGAGUUUGUACUUCUCAUUCAGUUACAGAAAUUUAUAGUUUAUGGAUUUAUU